AAAAACCACAAUUCCCGGCAUACUCACGGGCGCACAUUACGCACUUCCGGCGCGGCUGCGACAGCGCGCCCCCGGCGGCUACUGCGACGGCAGCCGCGGCAGCGAGGGGACAGCUCCGGCCCCUUCAGUGACGGGCGGCUAAGCCGACAGGAGCCGGGGCGGGGCGGCGGCGGCCAGCGAAGGAGCGCGCGGCGGCCCGGCCCCGCCCCUGGUCCUCCCGCCAGCCCCGGUGACCUUCACGGGUUCGGGCGGCGGGCGCAGGCUCGGGCGGCGGCGCGAUGUUCGUGCAGGAGGAAAAGAUCUUCGCCGGCAAGGUGCUUCGGCUGCACAUCUGCUCAGCGGACGGCUCCGAGUGGCUGGAAGAGGCGACUGAGGACACGUCGGUGGAGAAGCUCAAGGAGAGUUGCCUCAAGCACGGUGCUCAUGGGAGCUUAGAAGACCCCAAGAAUGUAACCCACCAUAAGUUAAUACAUGCUGCUUCAGAAAGGGUGCUGAGUGACACCAAAACUAUCUUGGAAGAAAACAUCCAGGACCAAGAUGUCUUGUUAUUGAUAAAAAAGCGUGCUCCUUCUCCACUUCCUAAGAUGGCUGAUGUCUCAGCAGAAGAAAAGAAGAAGCAAGAGCAAAAGGCUCCAGACAAAGAUGCUAUCCUCCGAGCAACAGCCAACCUGCCUGCCUGUAGCACAGACCGGACUGCAGUCCAGACCACCAUGAGAGACUUCCAGACCGAACUCCGCAAGAUCCUGGUGUCUCUCAUUGAGGUGGCACAGAAGCUGUUAGCACUGAAUCCCGACGCCGUGGAAUUGUUUAAGAAGGCAAAUGCUAUGCUGGAUGAAGAUGAGGAUGAGCGAGUGGAUGAGACUGCCCUGCGGCAGCUCACAGAAAUGGGCUUUCCUGAGAGCAGGGCCUCGAAGGCUCUCCGGCUGAACCACAUGUCAGUGCCUCAGGCCAUGGAAUGGUUAAUUGAACACUCGGAAGAUCCAGCGAUUGACACACCUCUUCCAGGCCAUGCCUCCCAGACAGGGGCAGGUGCUGCAGCCCCCACCUCCACCUCCCAUGAAGCUGCUGCGGCGGGAACCAGUGCUGGAGAAGAGGAGGCCCGAGAUGAGCUCACAGAAAUCUUCAAGAAGAUCCGCAGGAAAAGGGAAUUCCGAGCCGAUGCUCGGGCUGUCAUUUCGCUAAUGGAGAUGGGCUUUGAUGAGAAGGAAGUGAUGGAUGCACUCCGAGUGAACAACAACCAGCAGAAUGCCGCUUGUGAAUGGCUGCUAGGGGACCGGAAGCCAUCCCCUGAGGAGUUGGACCAGGGCAUCGAUCCCAAUAGCCCUCUCUUUCAAGCCAUCCUGGACAACCCAGUGGUGCAGCUGGGGUUGACAAACCCUAAGACAUUGCUAGCGUUUGAAGACAUGCUGGAGAACCCACUUAACAGCACACAGUGGAUGAACGACCCGGAGACAGGCCCUGUCAUGCUGCAGAUCUCUAGAAUCUUCCAGACACUGAAUCGCACGUAGGUGGUGCCUACUGUGCUCCUUGGUGUGCGGCCUCAGCAGCCUCCGAGGCAGUGGGCACAGGGCCCAGCUGGAAUCUUGCCUAGAUCACAGCUGCGGUGACUCUCCUUCCCUGACCUUACUGCUUCUCAGCAUCUGCCACGUGUUUGAAAGCUGCGGUCCCAGCUUCUGACAGGUGUUUACAGGAAGUGGCUGUCCGCUGGGAAGAGGACCGACUGCUGCCCCACCCUCCAGAUGCUCUGCUGGGCUCCUGAAGUGCUACUUGAAUUGACCCUUAGCUGUCUGCUUGUGGAGCCCACUGUAUUUUAAAGAAGGCAUGUUCUGAUCCAAAGUGUUAUGUCAAGUGUGCUAAUUUAACCAGAGUGACUCACAGAUGACUUUAAUAAAUAAACCCUUUUCCUAUUUUCA